AUGUGGUUGGGUUGGCUUUCCGUUGCGGUUGUGCUGGCCGCGAGGGCUACAGCUACGGAGCAGCCGAGCUGGGCAUACUCGCCCCCAUACUACCCGUCGCCUUGGGCUUCGGGUCAAGGCGAAUGGGAGGACGCAUAUGACAAAGCAAGAACAUUUGUUUCCCAAUUGACACUCACGGAGAAAGUCAAUCUUACCACCGGAGUAGGAUGGAUGGAAGAAGCCUGUGUUGGCCAGGUUGGAGCCAUCCCCCGAAUGGGAUUUCGUUCCCUAUGUAUGCAGGACGGGCCCCUUGGUAUACGCUUUGCGGAUUAUGUCACUGCAUUCCCGGCGGGUAUCAAUGUCGGUGCAACAUGGAGCAAAGACCUCGCAUAUCUUCGUGGAAGAGCGAUGGGCGCAGAGCAACGUGACAAAGGGGUUGAUGUACAAUUAGGACCCGCCAUCGGGCCUUUAGGACGGUCUCCCGAUGGAGGCCGUAAUUGGGAAGGGUUUGGUCCUGAUCCCGUAUUGUCAGGGAAUCUAGUCUCUCAAACGAUCAAGGGAAUUCAGGACGUCGGAGUUAUCGCUUGUGUCAAGCAUUUUAUAGCGAACGAGCAGGAACGCUUUCGUCAAGCACCAGAAGCCCGAGGCUAUGGGUUUAACAUCUCUGAAAGCUCCAGCUCUAAUGUCGACGAUGUCACUAUGCAUGAACUAUAUCUCUGGCCAUUCGCCGAUGCGGUUCGAGCUGGAGUGGGCGCUGUGAUGUGCUCUUAUAACCAAAUCAACAAUAGCUAUGGGUGUUCAAAUAGCUAUACCCAGAAUAAGCUCCUCAAAGGUGAGCUCGGAUUCCAGGGCUUCAUUAUGAGUGAUUGGCAAGCACAUCAUAGUGGCGUUGGGGAUGCCCUUGCUGGCUUGGAUAUGUCAAUGCCAGGUGACACACUUUUCCUGACGGGGAGGUCAUAUUGGGGCCCUAACUUAACCAUUGCUGUCACGAAUGGAACUAUUCCCCAAUGGAGAGUGGACGAUAUGGCUGUUCGGAUCAUGGCAGCUUAUUACAAGGUCCACCGUGAUAGAUCUCAAGUCCCGAUCAACUUCAACUCUUGGACACGCAACGAGUUUGGAUAUUUGCAUGCUGGAGUUCAGGAGGGCUACGGCAGGGUGAAUGAAAAGAUCAACGUACGCGGUAGACACGCCGUCGUCGCCCGGAAAGUUGCAAGCGCCAGCACGGUUCUUCUCAAGAACAACGGAGUUCUUCCACUAAAUGGUAAGGAGGAUUUCACUGCCAUUGUUGGAGAGGAUGCAGGCCCCAAUCUGUGGGGACCGAAUAGCUGUCCCGACCGAGGCUGUGCCAACGGAACUCUUGCAAUGGGCUGGGGCAGCGGUACCGCCGAUUUUCCAUACCUUGUGACACCGGCACAGGCUAUUGAAAGCGAGAUUGCAUUGAAAGGAGUCGGGAAUGUAAUGUCAGUAUUCGACAAUUACGCAACUUCUCAGAUCAAAUCGGUUGUUUCCCAGUCUACGGUUUCGCUUGUUUUCGUGAACGCGGGCUCUGGAGAAGGCUACAUCAGUGUUGAUGGAAACGAGGGCGACAGGAAGAAUUUGACCCUUUGGAAAAACGGAGACGAGCUGGUUGAGACAGUUGCCUCCUUGUGCAACAAUACCAUCGUUGUUAUGCACACAGCCGGCCCCGUUUUGGUGGACAAGUGGUACGAUCAUCCAAAUGUCACCGCUAUUUUGUGGGCCGGGCUUCCUGGGCAAGAGAGCGGCAACGCAUUGGCGGACGUGAUUUAUGGCCGUGUUAAUCCAGGUGCCAAAUCCCCGUUUACCUGGGGCAAAACUGCGGAAGACUAUGGCGUUAGCAUUCUCAAGGCCCCAAACGCGGGUACGAAAGCUCCACAAGUUGAUUUCAAGGAAGGUAUUUUCAUCGACUAUCGACGAUUCGAUAAGAUGAACACAGAACCGAUUUAUGAGUUUGGUUUCGGUUUGAGUUACACGACUUUCGCAUUUUCUGAUAUCAGAAUCGAAAGUCUGCAGGCCGAACCAUAUGCUCCCACAGAGGGUUAUACGACACCGGCCCCAAAUUUUGGAAACUCGUCCGACGAGUUACAGUUCCCUAGCGGUUUCUCCCAGGUUCGCUUAUAUAUCUAUCCUUGGCUCAAUUCGACCAAUCUGAAGGAAGCUUCCAUGGACCCUGAGUACGGACUACCGACAGAAGAGUAUGUGCCUCCGGGAGCUACAGAUGGAAGAUCACAGCCUCUUCUCGCAGCGGGAGGCGGCCCUGGAGGCAACCCGGGUCUAUAUGAGGAACUCUUCAAAGUAUCAGUUACCAUCACCAAUACUGGGAAGAAAACAGGAGAUGAAGUGCCACAGUUGUAUGUUUCUCUUGGAGGGCCAAAUGAUGCCAAGGUUGUUCUUCGCGGGUUCGAUCGCAUCACUCUCCGCCCGGGCCAGAGCACUGUAUGGAGAACAAGCUUGACUCGACGUGAUAUCUCCAACUGGGAUCCUGUGGCACAGAAUUGGGUGGUGACGGCGCAUCCCAAGACGGUAUACGUGGGCAACUCGUCAAGGAACUUGUUAUUAUCAGCUCCUUUGACCUCAUCUUCGGCGAGGCUGUGA